AGCAGGAGGCGAAUGAGUUUCAAUUUUACUGGAUUACAGAACAAAGAGAGGGGGACAGGGACCGAGCGCCGUUAAAGGGGCAAAAGACACACAAACUGGGGGUAAAAACACAGCUCGCACGCGCACACGCGGUCCCAGCCCGCCGUCCAGAUGUGGAGGAUUACGAGGUUUUAGCGGACACGUCGUGGGAAUCGCGGGUGAUGGAUUAAAACAGGGGGAAUAAACCUAUUCCGGGAUUGGCGACGGCAACAAGGCUAUUUAAUCGCUAAUUGAGAGGCAUGGCUCAGAUGAGGAAGCUGGCAUGCGACAGCAUCAGGGCGAGCGCCCGGGGCGAGCCGCCGGUGUCGGCCCGACAGGAGAUCCUCACCAGCCUGGUGUCAGCCCUGGACUCAGUGUGCAUGGCGAUGUCAAAGCUCAACGCCGAGGUGGCGUGUGUCACCGUGCACGAGGACAGCGUGAUUGCCGUGGGCACGGAAAAGGGCCGAGUGUUCCUCAACUCCAGGAGGGAAAUCCAAACAGACUUCUACAAGUUCUGCCGGGCGCCAUGUCUGCAGAGUUUGACCACAGCGAAUGCCCAAACCAAAGACCAGGACGCCGAGCUCAGCAAACUGAGUAAAGACGGUGAACACGGGAAACCGAGAGCUCCAUCAGACGCCCAGUCCAACAUCUUUGUUCUGAGGAAGAUGGUGGAGGAAGUCUUCACUGUGCUUUACAGUGAAGCUGUGGGAAAGAGCAGCCUGGUCCCAGUGCCUUAUGAGUGGAUCCAGAAGGACCCCGGCUCUGUGGUGGCCCACGGUCUGCCUGAAGGAGUCACUCUGAAGAAGCCGUCGGAGUACGACAUCAAGACACUGAUGAAGAUUCUGGAGCAGAGCCAUCGGAUCCAGUUCACGGUAAAACGGCCGGCAGAAGAUUUGUCUCGAGAAGCCAAGUCCAGCACUGAUGUCAAUCACAACACUUCCACCGCCGCCACCAUGACGCCAAGCAGCCACGGCGCAGGGAAGACCCCCGCCCCGGUAGCCCCGUCACCAAGUCCCGCCACUUCCAGCAACUCUGUCCUGUCGGACUUCCUGUACGGCAUGCCCAUGUCCUCCAAACCCCACCCGGACAGCAAGCUGGACUUCAAACCCUUGUCCCUCCUCAACCUGGGCAAGGACCGACUGGCCAACUGGACAGCGGGGACGGACAAGACAUGUUCCAAGGACGGCACUAACAACGAUGAGACAACUCGACUACCUGGUGAUCAAGGCCAGAGUCCUCCUGGUGUCCACAUCUCCAAGAGGCUGCUCUUCUCUAUCGUGCAUGAGAAAUCAGAAAAAUGGGACUCGUUCAUUCGGGAAACUGAAGACAUCAACACGCUGAGAGAAUGCGUUCAGAUUCUGUUCAACAGUCGAUACGCUGAGGCCCUGGGUCUGGAUCACAUGGUGCCUGUCCCCUACCGCAAAAUAGCCUGCGACCCAGGUGCCGUGGAAAUCAUCGGCAUCCCCGACCAGAUCCCCUUCAAGAGACCCUGCACCUACGGAGUCCCCAAGCUCAAACGCAUCCUGGACGAGCGCCACGGAAUCCGCUUCAUUGUCAAGCGAAUGUUUGAUGAAAGGAUUUUCACUGCUGCUGGAAAGAUGGCGAGAGAGGAGGGGAAGCACGACCUGGGCUCGGCACCUGAAGACGGCUUCCCCGACAAUCUGAGCAUCCCCCCCUCCGGAGCAGAGCUGCUCAUCAACCCCCUCAGCAGCAGAUCGACGAGUGCGUGUGUGAGUCCCCUGGCGGACGGUGAAGCAGGCCCUUCGGGAGAUUGCAUUCCUUUGAAAAGGAUUAAAACGGAGCCUCCAGAUGGGGAAAUCAUUCAAGUUACAGUGCCAGAUGCUGGUACGAGUGGGGAGGAGCCCAGCGAGCCUGUGGCCGAGCCUGUGUCGGCGGCAGCGCGUCCAGCCACAGCCUCCCCCUCCUCUCAGCCGGCCCCCCCUGCUCCCACGGCUUCCCAUCACCCGCCGGAAAAUCACACAGCUGAAGCUCUUUCGCCGGGCGCGGCCUCCCAGAGCGUCAGAAGAUCCUCUGAAGCUGGGAGUCUGGUGGAGGACAUCGGUGAAAUGAUUCUCCAGCUCCGGAGACAAGUGGAGAGCCUCUUCGGCCUGAAGUACGCUGAAGCUCUGGGCCUUCCUGAACCAGUCAAGGUUCCCUACUCCCGGUUCCAGAUGUAUCCGGACGACCUGUACGUCACCGGGCUGCCGGAGGGGAUCUCCAUCCGGAGGCCCAACUGCUUCGGAGCCGCCAAGCUGCGCAAGAUCCUGUCGGCGAGCAGCCAGAUCCAGUUUGUCAUCAAGAGGCCUGAGCUGUUAACGGAGCAAGUGAAACAAGAAAUGCCUUCAAUCCCCGUGUGUGACUCCGAUCUGGACACGAAGGACGCAGCUGCAGACGAGGCCGCCGCUGCGUCCAAGAGAUCCGGCUUCUCAGGAGGACGCUGCGCCAGUGGACAUUUAGAAAGUUGUCCUCUGUCUCCAGAGUGCCUGGAGUCCAAGCUCUCCAGGAUCGACCUGGCCAACACGCUGCGAGAGCAGGUCCAGGAUCUGUUCAACCGGAAGUACGGGGAGGCGCUGGGCAUCAAGUACCCGGUGCAAGUGCCUUACAAGAGGAUCAAGAACAACCCGGACUCGGUCAUCAUCGAGGGCCUCCCCCCCGGCAUCCCCUUCAGGAAGCCCUGCACCUUCGGCUCGCAGAACCUGGAGAGGAUCCUGGCCGUGGCUGACAAGAUCAACUUCACCAUCACCAGACCUUUUCAAGGACUCAUUCCAAAACCAGCACCUCGACGAGUCACGUUACUGAAGAAGGCCUACGCCUCGAUCAGCGAUGACGAUGACGUGAGCCGCAUGGGGGAGAAGGUCGUCCUCCGGGAGCAGGUCAAGGAGCUGUUCAACAAGAAAUACGGUGACGCUCUGGGCCUGGACCGCUCUGUCCUGGUCCCGUACAAGCUGAUCCGCGGGAGCCCGGAGGCCGUGGAGGUCAGCGGCCUCCCGGAGGACGUCCCCUUCAGGAACCCCAACACCUACGACAUCGUGUGUCUGGAGAAAAUCCUCCAGACUGCAGAGAAGAUAACGUUCACCAUUAAAAGCCAGCUCCAGCCUUUCGCAGAGAUCUGUAGCCAGCCGUGUAACACAGGAGGAACCGACGUCUCCACCAAUCGCAGGAAGCGUAAGAGAGUUCAGGAGAGUAAUCGAGUUCCUGCCUCGUCCGACCUCGGGAUGUCAACCAAUCAGAUUCCAGUGAUGCAGUGGCCCAUGUACAUGGUGGACUACAGCGGCGUGAAUGUGCAGGUUCCCGGAAAAGUGAAUUACUGACAGACGAAGCAAAGGGAAUAAAACACACAACCCGCGGAGGGACACUCGUGACUCUUCCACACACAGACACACACUAACACUUUGUCAGAGUGCGACAGCGACACAAUCUCCAGACGGAAGUUGGGACGUCCCGAGGAAUGUACCUGGACCCGAGAGCUGGGCUCGUUCUGCCUCCUGCCUUCACACCAGUUCUCCUCCUGAAGCCGAUCGACUGGUCACAAUGGUUUUGUUUUUGUACUUAAAGUCACGUGACCUGCAUUUAUGACGUGUCCAUCCACUGAGUCGUGUUUCUGGAUCGCUAAACGUAUUACUGACAAAAAAGAAAAAUGUCUACUAUCCAUCUGGUUUCCACAAUAUUCAGAUAUUUGUACUUUUUAUUUAUUAUAUUUAUUGAAAUAUAACAUUAUGUGCAGGGAUGUAAAAUACAUGAUUCUGUUGAGGAACUAUCACAACACUAACGCAGAUGCUACUCACCACUCCGCGACUACAGGUGACCACUGGAGUCCAAUUAAACAGCAGCAAUCAAGUGUCUUAAUUAGGUGUUGGGGGGGGGGGGGGGGGACUGUAAGCCAUCAGCAACGAACAGAGACAAAACUCUGAAGUUUCCCCCCCGACAGGUCGGAACCUGCAGUAAAAACAAGACCUUACGUAAACGGCUUUUUUUUAUGUUAGCGGCGCAUUAACCACGUGUAAGAUAUCCAGUUUGAAGUCGGCCUGAAUGUAUCAUGUAAAGGAAAGAAUGAGAUGUUACUCUGGACUAACCAUAUUUAAUAUGCUGUACCUUAACGCCAAUUAGGCCUUUGAAAUAAAAUGUGUUGCCUUGCACUUUCA